AUGUGUAAAAACUGUCAGUUGGCCUGCAACCUAGCCAGUCCGCCCCAGCAUUCCCGGUGUCAUUGUACACAAAAGAAUUUUACAUAUGGACACAAGUGUAUAGAGCCGACACUUUCUUACAUACGUACGAUAUGUUUUGUAUGUCAAAAUCCAUUGUGUUGUUUCUGCUCAACGUGUUACCAGAAAAUUAGGAGGCAGUCUAGAGCUAGUCGAUCACCAAAUUCAGCUAUUGCUAGACACUAUGUAAGAUAA